GAAAAUGAAACCUGGAGGGGGCCAGGGGCUAUCCCCAGGGAUGAAUCAGCUGGAAAGCAGCUCAGGAAGGAUGUGACAGUGCAGCUGCUGGCUCCUCACUGAGCUGAGAGCAGCUGAGGGAGGAGGAAGAGGAGGAGGAGGAGGAGGAGGAGAGCAGGGCUGCUGUCUCAGGUUUCCAUGCACUGCACGUGUGGGUGGUGCGAGCUGAGGCUGCUCCAGCCACCGAGCGAGCUGGGAGCAUGGGGCAGGUGGCUUGGAAGGCUUUAUUUCUGUCUCUCUUCGAUUAUAAAACCGAGAAAUACGUCAUUGCCAAGAACAAGAAGGUUGGGGUCCUCUACCGAGUGGUGCAGCUCUCCAUCCUGGCUUACCUGGUGGGGUGGGUGUUUGUGGUCAAGAAAGGCUACCAGGACACAGACACGUCCCUGCAGAGCUCUGUCAUCACCAAGCUGAAAGGGGUGGCCUUCACCAACACCUCGGAGCUGGGGGAGAGGAUUUGGGAUGUUGCAGACUAUGUCAUCCCUCCCCAGGGUGAAAGUGUCUUCUUUGUCAUGACAAAUCUGAUUGUGACCCCAAACCAGAGACAAGCCACGUGUGCUGAGGUAGGAAGAACUGAGCCCCUUGACCCCCAGACCCCUGCAAAACCGGGGCUAGGAGCUGACAGAGGACACUUCUGGAGCCACAAAGAAAGGAAGGAUGGAAGACAAAGUGCCAGCAUUCCCGAUGCCCUCUGUGACAGGGACACGGACUGCCUGGAAGGGGAAGCAGUGGUGGCUGGCAAUGGGGUUAAGACUGGCCGUUGUUUGAAAGACAGGGGCAGCAUCAGAGGGACUUGUGAGAUACUGGCCUGGUGCCCAGUGGAGAAAAGAUCCAAGCCCAAGAAGCCACUUCUGGGCAGUGCAGAAAACUUCACUGUUUACAUCAAGAACUCCAUUCGCUUCCCCAAGUUUAAGUUCUCCAAGAUGAACGUGCUGGCCACUGACAACGAGUCCUACCUGAAGAGCUGCCGGUACAGCCAGGAGCAUCCCUACUGCCCCAUCUUCGUGCUGGGCAACAUCGUCCGCUGGGCUGGGGGCGACUUCCAGGAAAUGGCCUUGCAGGGUGGUGUGAUAGGAAUUCAGAUUGAAUGGAACUGUGAUCUUGAUAAAGCCCCUUCUGAAUGUAAUCCUCACUAUUCUUUUAGCCGGCUGGAUAACAAGUCUGCAGAAACCUCCAUCUCUUCUGGGUACAACUUCAGGUUUGCCAAGUAUUACCGGGAUGCUGAGGGGGUCGACUACCGGACGCUCAUUAAAGCCUACGGAAUCCGCUUCGAUGUGAUGGUGAAUGGCAAGGCGGGGAAAUUUAACAUCAUUCCCACCAUUAUCAAUAUCAGCUCGGGGCUGGCACUCAUGGGAGCUGGAGCUUUCUUUUGUGACCUGGUGCUGAUAUACCUGAUCAAGAAGAGUAACUUUUAUCGAGGCAAAAAGUACGAGGAAGUCAAGUCCAACUCCAGGAAGUCCCUGUCGAGCCCUACGCUGAACGGGAAUCAGAGCCCGGAGCAGCUCGAUGGGCUCUAGGCACAGCAGAGGCUCUGCCAGCUCCAGGAAACCCACACAGGUGUGGCACCACACCAGCACUGGGAGGUGGACAUAGCCCAGAUCAGGCCUGCUAUGAUCAGGAUUCCCAGAGGAAAAAGCCUUCUCUAAAGACUGCCUUUCUUCCCUGAGAUUUCUUUGGGAUCCUGAGCUUGCAACACGUGUCGUCACUAUGGAUUUAUAAAAGGAUUUUUAUAAAAGGACAAAGAAGGCACCAAAUGAAUGUUUUUAUAUCCACUGGUAGAUAUAUCUGUACUUAUGCCAAUAGCCAGCAUUGUCCUGUGGCUGUGCUUUGCUUCCAUGUGGAGAAAAGCUGUGAUGGGAGCACUUUGGGAAGGGCUGAAGCUGAAACC